AUUAAACGUCCGUUCAAUAAACGUUGGUUAGCCGUUUGCUAGCCCUAUGCUAGCUCACCCUCCAUUGGUUAGCCUAGCUGCAGGUAAUAAUGGAGAGAUAUCAGAUUGAUAAGACACCGGAAUUCAGAGACAGACGUUUUUUACCAUUCAAGACAACACACCGUCUUAACGGAGGAGCUGAACCUUAACGGCAGGAGACGAUUCAAAGCAAGAAAAGAGUGGAGAAAGGGAACCAGCCAGGAGACAGAAGUGAAAAGAUGCUGAGAUAAAGGAGAAGCGGAGAUGGAGACAGGAAUGUGAGGAGGAGAAAACGGAGAGAUAAAACAGAGGGAUAAAAGACGGGAAGACGGGGAAACACCUGCAGAGUUCUCUGCAGACGGAGGGAUUGUGGAAAGCGGGAAGCAGCUUCUGUCACCAGAGCAAACCGGCGCAGACUGAAUUAAGCGUGUCUCCCUGGAGAGUGUGUGCCUAAACUGGGAGGGUGUGUGUUGUCCCGUGUUGAUGAGUGUGUGGGUGUUUCCUGUCACCUUUGAUGGGACAUUAAGAGAUGUGCGCGCUGCAGCGUCUGUGGAUGGGCUGUAGGGGGCGUUGUCCCCCCGUCCUCUCCCUCCUCCUCCCUCUGUACUUCCUGUUUGCUCAGGGAGCCAUCACCAUCCCGAAUCAUUAUAAUUUACAGCCCUUGCAAAAGCUUCCCAAUCUGACGGAGGUUCCCAAAUCAGUGACGGCGUUUUUCCGAGAAGACGUGGUUCUGACCUGCAGCGCCACCGGCAACCCGACCCCGCAGAUCCGCUGGCUGAAGGACGGGGUCCAGUUCGGCUCAGAGAUGAGCGGUUCUGGAAAGAUUAACGCCUCAGAAGAAGAAGAAGAAGCGGUGGAGCUGCAGUCUUACGCCGGCGUCUACCAAUGCUUCGCCUCCAACGACCUGGGCACCGCCAUGACGCAGACCGUAGAGGUCAUAGUGGAGCCUUAUCCGUUUGUAGGAAAAGAGAACAGACUGGAAAAGACGGCGUAUGAAUCGGAGAGCCUGAUCCUGACCUGUAACCCUCCGAAGAGGUUGACGCCUCCUCACAUCUACUGGAUGGGAAGCAAAAUGCGUUACAUUGACCAGAAUGACAGAGUGAUGACCGGCCUGGACGGAAACUUGUAUUUCGCCAACCUCAUCAGCAGCGACAGCAGAAGCGACUACAACUGCUUCGCCCAGUACACUGCAGCCAGGACUAUUAUCCCUGUGACUGAGGCUAGUCUCACCGUCCAACCCAGUAAUGAAGUCGUUCGUGGAAGAAAACCAGAUUUGCUCCAACCCCAUGGCUCCCACACCGCAGUGCAGGCCCUCAGGGGUCGAAGUGUCACCCUUGAAUGUAUCCCCAAAGGCCUGUAAGAAUCCCAGAAUGCUUUGCUGAAGUGUGU